CAUCCAAUUCUGAGAGAGUUUUGAGUUAUGUUGUAUUAUGGAGGAUUUUAAAUCCUUAAAGAAAGUGAGAUUACGCCUCAGAACAAUUCUUUUAUUCUUCUGCCAUUUCUUUUUUUUCUUAACAAUCUUAAGGAUUUAACAUCCCUUAUGGCUCUUCCUAUAAACGCCAACAUCAAGUUGCUGAAUCCAAAUGCAAUCAGAUUGGAUAGGUUCGAUGGCACCAACUACAUGCGUUGGAAGGAUAAGAUGACUUUCCUACUAACAACACUGAAGGUGUCAUACGUUCUUGAUCCAAAACUGCAACUUGUCCAAGCACCGAAGGAAAAUGAUUCUGAAGCAGUGAAGAAUGCAAGAUUGAGGCGCGAAGAAGAUGAACUCAUAUGUCGUCGACACAUUCUGAAUUCUUUCACUGAUAGACUUUUGAUCUGCAUAGCAACAUGUCUUCUCCUCAAGAAAUUUGGAUUGCUCUGGAAAAGAUAUACAAGCAUGAAAAGAAAGUUUCAAACACAUCUCCAGAUUGAGGCAGAAAAUCGUUCAAGAGAUGCAAUAUUGGCACCCUUGAAAGUUAAUUAUGUGAGUCAAAAUUCUGCCAAGCCUUUCCAGAAUAAACUCAAGCCUUUUAAGAAAAAUAGUGCUUUCAAGAAAAGUCAGCCUUGUUACCAUUGUGGUAAGAAAGGUCACUUCAUUAAAUAUUGCAAAUUUAGAAAUAGUGCAAGGAACUUUGGUUCUGGCACUAGUGCAGAAACAAGCAGCAAGGCAAAUUUGAUUGAGCAUGAAUUGGUUGCUAUGGUUUCUGAUAUGCAAGUCGGGAUGGUGACUAAAUUGAACAUGGCAAAUCCAACCAAGUCUAUGGAUUGGUGGCUGGAUUCUGGUGCAAUAGUUCAUGUGUGCAAUAACAAAGCACAAUUCAAGUUUUAUGAAGAUUUGAAGGAACCAGAGGAAGUGCUUAUGGGAAACAAUGUCACUAUAAAAGUUCUAGGCAAAGGCACAGUGGAAUUAAGGGGCUUGAGGGUUGUCUUAGAAUCAAACAAGGUCAUUAUAUCAAAAAAUGGCAACUUUGUGGGGGAAAGGUUAUUCUUGUGAUGGAAUAUUUAAAUUGAGUAUUAAUGAAAUAAAUAAUGUUUCUGCUU